AUGGGCAGUUCACAGUCGUGGGAAGAGAUUGUCGCUCACAAAAGGCUCAUCAGAGACCAACUUAUCGCACCGUACUUAGUUGAUGUAGCUCAACGUCUGCCGCAAGUACAGAACCCCGAGGAGCGUACUCGGCUAGAAGAUCCCUUGAUUCAGAAGAUAACAGAUAUUGACAAUGUUGCCGCCCUACUGGAAUGCCUGGGGAAGGGGGAGUUCCAAGCCGAACAGGUGAUCAAGGCAUAUAUCCAACGGGUUGUGGUUGCACAUCAAUUGACAAACAGCCUGACCGAGAUUCUUUUCGAAGAUGCCUUAGGACAGGCAAAGCAGCUAGACGUCGAGUUUGCAGAAACCGGAAAGCUCAAGGGUCCCCUGCAUGGAAUCCCGAUCACGCUGAAAGACCAAUUCAAUGUCAAAGGCGUUGACACGACCUUGGGAUAUGUGGGCAGGUGCUUCGCCCCUGCCCAGGAAGACGCAGUGCUCGUGCAGAUCUUGAAGAACAUGGGCGCUAUCGUCAUCGCGAAGACAAACCUUCCACAGAGUAUCAUGUGGGCCGAAACCGAUAAUCCUCUCUGGGGACUCACAACCAAUCCUCGCAAUCCAAUCUUUACACCCGGCGGCUCAAGUGGCGGCGAAGCCGCUUUGUUGACAUUGCAUGGAUCGCUGUUCGGAUUCGGAACUGAUAUCGGCGGAAGUAUAAGAAUGCCACAGGCUAUAGUGGGAUUGUAUGGCUUCAAACCAAGCAGUGCCAGACUCCCCUAUGAGGGUGUACCCGUCUCCACUGAAGGUCAAGAACAUGUCCCAUCUUCCAUCGGCCCGAUGGCCCGGAAUCUCUCGUCUAUCUGCUACAUGAGCCGUCUGCUAGCGAAUAGUCAGCCCUGGGACCUCGAUUCGCGAUGCGCUCCUCUCCCCUGGAACGAGACUGCAUUCCAAGAACCCCAAGACCGACCUUUGGUCAUCGGCUUGAUUCUGGAUGAUGGCAUAGUAAAGGUCCACCCGCCUAUUUUGCGCGCCCUACAAGAACUCUCGACGGUGCUUAAAGCAAAUGGCCACGAGGUUGUGGUCUGGGAUACAUCUGACCAUGCGGGGUGCAUUGAGAUCAUGGAUCUCUUCUACACGGUCGACGGGGGUGAGGAUAUUCGUCAGGAUGUAGCUGUCGCCGGCGAGCCGUUUAUUCCUCACGUUGAAGCACUGGUUAACCGAGGCAAGGCUAUCUCAGUCUAUGAUUAUUGGCAGUUGAACAAGCGGAAAGCUGCAGUGCAAAAGAAAUAUCUGGAUAAGUGGAAUGCCGUGCGGUCCCCUUCAGGUCGUGCUGUUGACGUUCUGCUAAGCCCUACUUUGUCGCAUACGACUGUGCCUCAUCGGAAAUUCCGUUGGGUUGGUUAUACUAAGAUUUGGAAUCUGCUGGAUUAUCCGGCUUUGACAUUCCCGGUGGAUAGGGUGAGGGCUGAUCUGGAUGUGUUGCCCUCGGAGCCUUAUGUCCCAAGAAACAGUGUCGACGAGUGGAAUUGGAAUCUGUUCGAUCUGAAACAGGCGGAUGGAUAUCCGGUGAAUCUGCAGAUCAUCGGGAAGAAACUCCAAGAAGAGAAGGUAUUGGGGGCUGCUACAGUUAUUGAGAAGCUCUGGAAAAGUCAUGUCGACAAAUCCAAUUGA